UUGGUGUUUCUUUUCCCGCCCAAGAGGGGGGGCUAAAGAAACGUACUGACCAGAGCCCUAGAGAGAUAAUCUCUCUAGGGCUCUGGUACUGACUAAGGCUAGCCUCGCGAUAUGUUACAAAAUCACGCGAGAGUUACCACUUGUUUAGAAUUCCCGAAAGAUGGCGGCGGCGCCUCCGGAUGAGGCUACCCUGCAGUCUCGCAUCAACAAGGCCACCAACCCUUUGAAUAAGGACACUGACUGGGACAUUAUCAAGGGAUUUUGUGAUCAGCUCAACAAUGAUCCAGAAGGUCCCCAGCUUGCAACCAGACUCCUGGCCCACAAAGUCCAGUCUCCUCAGGAAUGGGAGGCUAUGCAAGCGCUUCUGGUUCUGGAGACGUGCAUGAAGAGCUGUGGGAAGCGAUUUCACAUUGAAGUGGGAAAGUUUCGCUUUCUCAAUGAGCUCAUCAAAGUGGUGUCACCCAAGUAUUUGGGAACCCGGGCCCCAGAGCCAGUGAAGAAUAAGGUGAUAGAAAUAAUGUUCAGCUGGACAGUGAAGAUGCCUCAUGAGACUAAGAUAGCAGACGCCUAUCAGAUGCUGAAAAAACAGGGCAUUGUGAAGGUAGAUCCUGCACUUCCUGAGGACAAGCCCCUCCCACCCCCAGCACCCAGAGCCAAAAACAUCAUCUUUGAGGAUGAGGAGAAAUCCAAGACGCUGACUCUCUUGUUGAACAGCACUCAACCAGAAGAUCUAAGAGCGGCAAACAAGCUCAUUAAGGAAAUGGUCCAGGAGGACCAAAAGCGCGUGGAGAAGGUAUCAAAGCGACUGAACGCCAUCCAGGAGGUGAAGGAGAGUGUAAGCCUGCUGAGCCAGAUGCUGGAGGGCUACAGCAGGGAGAGCUGCUCCCAUAGCAACCAGGAGCUCAUUAAGGAUCUUUACCAGCGCUGUGAAAAGAUGAGGCCGACACUUUUCCGGUUAGCAAGUGAUACAGAGGACAGUGACGAAGCACUAGCUGAAAUAUUACAGGCCAAUGACAGCCUGACGCAGGUCAUCAACCUGUACAGACAGCUGGUGAAGGGAGAGGACGUGUCCAAGGACGGUCUCACCAUGUCCCCACAGACAGGCGGCAGUAGCUCAGCUCUCGUAGACCUGAUGGGACUUAACGCAUCCGCAAACACAGCACCAUCCGACCCAGAGCCCCUCAGCCUGCAGACCCUCAUUCAGAACAUGGGCAUCAGCCUCCUGGAUGAUGAGCUCAUGUCACUAGGAUUGAAUGUAACGGAGAACUUUGACUCUCAGAACACUUUUCAGUCCUCUGAUGGCACAGAGUCCUCUGCUGCAUUGGGCCCUGCCGUGUUGCAGCCCGCUGUGGUCCAAACAGCGGCUCCACCAGCAGGGGGCCCCGCUGCUCCACCCAAACCCAUAGAAGGGCUGGACCUGUUGGGGAAGACCUUGUUACAGCAGUCCCUUCCUCCAGAGAGCCAGCAAGUCAAAUGGGAUAAACUCCAACCUCAAUCCAGAGUCACUUUACGAGACAUGCAGACCAAGUCCAACGCCAACCCUAAAGCAACCUCCAUCUCCUCCAAUCCUGCUCCUGCUCCUGUGCCCACGUUCAGCCUGGCCGUCCAAUCAGAGCCUCCGGACUCUCUCCUCCUCCCCAAUCUCAGUCUGGCAGUUUCUGCUGACCCCUACGACAACAUCUCUCUAGCUGACGUUACCGUGCCUCUGGAAGCAAUCAAGCCUAGCAGCUUAUUACCAGUGACUGUAUUCGACAAACACAGUCUCCGGGUUUUAUUCACCUUUGCUCAUGACUGUCCUCCAUCCCGGCCCGAGGUGCUGGUGGUGAUCAUCUCUAUGCUGUCCUCCGCCCCCAUCCCCGUCACCAACAUCCGCUUUCAGGCCGCCGUACCAAAGGUGAUGAAGGUGAAGCUGCAGCCCCCCUCCAGCACAGAGCUCCCUGCCUAUAACCCCAUCCUGCCUCCAGCUGUCAUCACACAGAUCCUGCUGUUGGCCAAUCCUCACAAGGAAAAAGUACGUCUGCGUUACAAGCUGACGUUCAACCUAGGGGACACGUCUCACGAUGAAUCCGGAGACGUGGACCAGUUCCCGCCCCCCCACACCUGGGGGAGCCUUUAGGCCGACCUCCUGUCAUGAUCUGCUGCUGCUGCUUCCUUUUAGAUUUCGGUUGAAGUUGUCCCUCAUCGCUGGCUUUGAGGCGGGACGGCCUCUCCCUCACUGAACGCUUUCAAACUCUGGUUUGGUGAUACAAACUGAAAUGAAACCGCCGUGGCUCCAGCUUCUACUUUGUGCCUUCCUUCGCAGCCUUCCUGUCUUUAUUCCAUCAUCUCCGCCUUCCUGUGUUUCGUACAUGCUUUUUCUUCAAUCAUUCCAACGCAAACUGUCAGAGAAAAGAUUCAAUGGGGAAACAAGUGGAGCCUAUUUAAAAAUGAAUGUGUGCAGUUGUCCACAUAGCAAGCACUCCUCUCAGAUGUCGCAUGUCAUGUGAAAUACAUGUAACAGCUGGUGUUUUGCAUUAUUUCAGUUUUUUUACAAAACCCAAUCAACUCUGAAAUAAGGCACAUUCCUACCUUUUUCCAUUUUGGGCUAACAUGUCCCACAAUCAGAGCGUUCGAGUGUUCUGGGUUGCUAUCAUUAUUUUCUUUCCGUUUGUUAAAACCGCUUUUCAGUUACAUGCUUAAAGUGAUGUUUACGGUAUGACCAAGAGCCAAAACACCCAAUGUAUUCAAACUAUGAUCAGUAGGAUAUAUUUAAAUAAAUGUCCUAUAAAAUGGUUUCAGCACUACUUCAGUGUUCAAGAAGCAGCUGCAGCAGCAAUGUAACAGUCAGAAAUCAAGUGGCGUAGGGAAAUGAAGAAACUCAAUUUAAACAUCACUUUGAAUACAUGGCGAUGAUUUUUGUUACUGUUCAGAGUUGAUCUGUAAUAACUGGAAAAGUAUCAACACAGAUGUGUCCUGGGAGCAUACAUGAUAUAUUGGUACUUUUAAAUGAUUGCCUUUGUUGUUAUAUUUGUGUCAGAGCAGGAAAGGUGCAGGUGUUAUGGAAUCCAAACGUCAUUGACUUCAUUAAUUACGUCUGUCUUUGAAAAAUGAAGGGUGCUAAAUCUGACCCCGUUUAAAUGAUAUUUUAUUUUUAAUUUCUGCACUUUUUAAAAAGAUUGGGAAACUUGUUUUGAUAUUUUCACUCAGGAUUUUGAGAGUUAUUUUACACAAAACAAUCGUUCAUGCACUUGUUUUAAUUUUGCACAUGAACCCAUUCCAUAUUUCCAUACAUUGUUUUUUACUGCGGUGUUACUGUGGCUCCACCCAAAGAGGGACAUCACCGUUGACAUCCGGUUUGAUUCUACCACAUGUGCCUGAGUUAUGAUUUUUAUUUUGCUUUGUACAUAUAUGUAAACAAAUGACUCGGUUUCUCUUUUCAAAUGUUCUUAUCAGAAAAUACUUUGUGAAGCAAAUGUUACUGAAUCAUCCUAAUCAUCCACGGUUAUUGAGUUGAUUGGAGCACUUUUAGGAUCAUAAAAGGCUACAAUAAAUUGGUAAUGGAGGCAGACUGGGUCCAACUGAGAGAAAACGUUUCUAAAAUAACACGUGUGUUACAACAAUAAGGAUACAGUAAGAGAUUCAGUUUAUAAAUAUGAUCAAUUGAACAACUACCCAU